GGCCCAUUUGCCCAUUGGUCACCGCACGCACGCACACAAUGCAACAAUCACACACGUACACACAGCCGCACGAGCGGCGCUGGCUCAACCACCACUACUACAACAACAAUCACCACUGCCCUUGCCGCAUUGUUGCAUGCAUGGCACUUGCCUUUGCGUUUGUGUGUGUGAUGGUGAUGAAGGUGAUGAUGGCGUGCUAAACCUGGGCGCGGUGUUCAAACCAUGUGUAGCUUCAUGCAACCAGCAAGCGCUUGCAUCUUGCACCCGUUGAUGUCUGUUGCGUGUUGUUGUAGUUGGCGUUUGCUGAAUGCAGCAGCAACAACAACAACAACAACAACAGCCACACGCGAUUCUUAUAUGCAUGGCUGUGGUUGUCCUUGUCCAGGGCCUCACUGGAGGAGGACAUGCCAAAGUUGAAGCGACCAAAGACACACGAUGCUGAGCAUCGACGAAAGUCAACCGGUCGCAGUGAACGCCGCUCCCUCGUUCACAUGGAAGUCGCAAAGUCCCUCGACCCAACUGCCAUUUACACCGACAUAAGCGACGAUCUUCCGUCAGAGGAGCGGUUCAUGCGUCUCGUAUCCAUGUGCUUGGAGCGCUCCAUAUCCAACGUGGCCAAUAACAAUGCCAGCGCAUUCAAGGGCUUCAACACACACGCGGAGGCGGUGGCUGAAACGUUCAAGACAGAGCUGCUGCAAGAUGGCGAGGAUAAGGCUGCUGUCGAGGCGCCCGUUCUCAGGCCAAACCCAAAGAACUCACAGAUGAAACGCAACCUGAGGCUCUACGAGAACUCUCGCACGCGGCUGUCGUCCGAGGAGGACAAGUGGUCCACUGCUACCAGUGACGCUGCUGCAACAGUUGCCGCUGCCACCGCCAUCGCACACCGCCUCAACACACUCACUGAUGCAACACAGGACACACAGGAUGCGGGUUCCAAAGAGAACAGGGAGAAGGACAGCGAACCGCUCAAGGAACUGGAGGCCCAGGUGAAGGUGCUGGAGCAGACUGCACGCAUCUUUCGAUCUGUGGACGAACACAUGCGCACAUUUGUUGCACGGCAGCAAGCCGGUGUCGCCCAAACAGCUGAUGAGCAACAAGCGAACCCAUCCCGCCUCAUCCGCGACAUCACCAAGACUGCGCCGGAAUCCUGACUGUGAUGAUCCAGUCGUCGUGACGCACGUCCCCUGCGGUUGGUGCUGCUACCGCUAGUAGUGGUGAUCACCUGUUCUGUUCACGCAUCUCUUUGCUGCUGCCUCUUCUUCCAAGUGAUAAUCCCUCUCAAACCAGCUAUCCCCGCGUCCCUCCUCCUCCUCUUCCUUCGCUGCUUCCUGCCUGCUCCUGUUAAUCGCACUGCUUGCUGUUACGUGUCUGUUACAUUACAUUUACGUACCUUCUGUCAAAUUCCGUGCUUCCAUUUGCGACGCCCCCUGUUGUAUACACGCUGCCACGCCAAUGGCAUAUGGGGGGGGACCUGGUGCUCUUACCUGAGUGGCAAUG